AUCAACUAUAAACGGUUCUAUAACUGAUUCUCCCACGGAUGAAGAAAGCCCUUAUUCUUCUCACUUAACUUCUCCUGCAACGCCUGCUUCUUUUUACAGUGUUAUACCCGUUUCUUCAUCUUUAUCAAAUCUACUUGAACGUCCAAGAAUGAUUAAUGUCAUACCGGAAGGUGCUGUGGAUCCAAACAACUUAGUAUCGGCAACAACUCUUAAUGAUUUUGACAAUUCCCAAUCUCCAAGUUCUCCCUCUUCUUCUCAAUAUGUGGAUCAUGUUCCUGAUAUUCCUGCAUCUCCCCUACUAAAUCAGCAUGCUCAAUUGGAACAAAAAAUACAGACUUUAGAAUUAAAAUUGGUUGAGUAUCGUUCAAUAACAAAAACGAGGGAGGAGGGUUAUACUGAUAAUGAUGGUGAUGAGAGACCAGGGUCUGAAUUAUCGAAUGAUGAGAUAAAGGAAGCUAUAGGAAAAUACAGUUCAACCGUGGCUAGCCUUAAACAAUCAAUAACUAGAUUCCGUAAGCUUGUAUUUAAAGCCGCUUCAGACCCUAUUAUUUUGGA